AUGUCCAUCCACAGCCAGUCAGACCGAGUUGGCCGCUCCUCUCUCCCCGCUGUUACCUGCUGCCAGGACCGAGGUGCCCGCCCUACCCUGCCCGGUGUUAGCCGACAAUGGAGACAGAAAUUGAGCAACAAGAAGAAGAGACCUCGUUCAGUAACACAGAGACAAACGGUGAGUUGUAAUCCUUUUGUGUAUUCAUAAAAUAAUUGUUACUCAUCUAGAAAAUGAAUAAGAACAGUGUAGUUAUGUAAAAAAAUUGAAAGCGGUGUGGUGCAAGGUUUAUGCCCUCUCCUGUGUUCAAGACUUACUAAUAAUCAAUGUCUGGUCAAAAAUAUAAACAUUUCUAUUCCUAAAUUAUAGUUGCCAGAUAUGUGCCAAAAGGUGCAUAGCAGACGGUGUAGUGAAGUAGCCAUAUCUAUUGCAUCUAUACUGUUUUAAUAUGUAAGGACAAUUAGUGGUUAUUAGUAUUAAAUGUGUAUCGUUUCUACAUCAACUGAAUGCAGAUCCAGAGAACCAGUCAGUGUGUGUGUGCAGGGCUCCAGACAAAUUUCCCCCUGGUGGCACUGGUGCCACUAACUUUUUCAGUUGGUGGCACCAACCCAUGAUUUGGUUGCGCCAUAGUUUUUUUGCAAUAGAAAAACAUAGUCAUAAUCACCUUAAAGUCAUUCACAGUGCUUUAGACAGUGUAAUAGACUACAGAGCUGGUAGGCUAUUCAAGAAACAAGUUGUCUAUCUAACAUGUCCAAGCAGGAAUGCAUGAUACAAUAUAUUUUGAUGUGCAACCUAAUCCAGUGAUUGUCAUGUAUUGUUAUAUUUUACUGUUAAAAUAGGGCUCCAGAAUUGUCUGAAUGUUGUUGUUCAAUAGAGAUGAAUUUGUCUACGUGUUUAUGUCCACUAAUUUAUUUUGGGAUAAUUCACCACAUGAGGAAGUGAACUCAAAACACAGGCUAUACUGAGCAAAAAUAUAAACGCAACAUAUAAAGUGUUGGUCCAAUUUCUCAUGAGCUGAAAUAAAGAUCCCAGAAAUGUUCCAAAUGCACACAAACUUAUUUAGCUCAAAUUUUGUGCACACAUUUGUUUACAUCCCAGUUAGUGAGCGUUUCUCCUUUGCCAAGAUAAUCCUACCACCUGACAGAUAUGGCAUAUCAAGAAGCUGAUUAAACAGCAUGAUCAUUACACAGGUGCACCUUGUGCUGGGGACAAUAAAAGGCCACUCUAUAAUGUGCAGUUUUGUCACACAACAAAAUGCCACAGAUGUCUAAAGUUUUGAGGGAGCGCGCAAUUGGCAUGCUGACUGCAGGAAUGUCCACCAGAGCUGUUGCCAGAGAAUAGAAUGUUCAUUUCUCUACCAAACGCCGCCUCCAAUGUCGUUUUAGAGAAUUUGGCAGUACAUACAACCGGCCUCACAACCGCAGACCAAGUGUAACCACGCCAGCCCAGGACCUCCACAUCCGGCUUCUUCACCUGCGGGAUCGUCUGAAAAGGGGGGGGAUUUCUGUCUGUAAUAAAGCCCUUUUGUGGGGAAAAACUCAUUCUGAUUGGCUGGGCCUGGCUCCCCCUUGGGUGGACCUGGCUUCCAAGUGGGUGGGCCUAUGCCCUCCUAGGCCCACCCAUGGCUGCGAUCCUGCCCAGUCAUGUGAUAUCCAUAGAUUAGGGCCUAAGGAAUUUAUUUCAAUUGACUGAUUUCCUUCUGUGAACUGUAACUCAGUAAAAUCUUUGAAAUUGUUGCAUGUUGCGUUUAUAUUUUUGUUCGGUAUAGAUCAUUAACACUAAAUAUAAUACGCACUGCUAGUAGUUGUAUUAAUCUAACAGUAAAUGUAAUGUCCUAAAAAAAAUUAUGCCGUUGUAGCCUACUACCCUGCGCAAGCGCAUUGACCGAUGCACGUUUCACACACUCCUUAUCUCAAAGCCAUAUCAAAUAUCUUCGUUGUAAAAUAGUUGCUAUUGAGCUAGCCAGCAGAUUCCGACCCUACCGUUACGCUUGUUUACAUUGAGCUGCACUAGGGUCGGAACGCAAUCAUGGUUAGAUGAAUACGACAGUGUGAGAUAUGGGUCGGAAAACGUACUUCAAUGCAGGGAUGGGAUGUGCCACUGUACUCAAAUCAAAUGUUAUUUGCCACAUGCGCCGAAUACAACAGGUGUAGACAUUACAGUGAAAUGCUUACUUACAAGCGCUUAACCAACAAUGCAGUUUAGAAAAGAAAAAAAGUGUUAAGUAAAAAAUUGCAUAUAAUUAAAGAGCAGCAGUAAAAUAAAAUAACAGUAGGGAGGCUAUAUACAGGGGGUAUCGGUACAUAGUCAAUGUGCGGGGGCACUGGUUAUUCUAGGUAAUUGAGGUAAUAUGUACAUGUGGGUAGAGUUAAAGUGACUAUACAUAAAUAAUAAACAGAGUAGCAGCAGCGUAAAAGAGGGGGGUGAAGUGGGUGGGCAAUGCAAAUAGUCUGGGUAGUCAUGAUUAGCUGUUCAGGAGUCUUAUUGCUUGGGGGUAGAAGCUGUUAAGAAGCCUUUUAGACCUAGACUUGGCGCUCCGGUACCGCUUGCCGUGCGGUAGCAGAGAGAACAGUCUAUGACUAGGGGACCUUCCUCUGACACCGCCUGGUAUAGAGGUCCUGGAUGGCAGGAAGCUUGGCCCCAGUGUACUGGGCCGUACGCACUAGCCUCUGUAGUGCCUUGCGGUCGGAGGGCGAGCAGUUGCCAUACCAGGCGGUGAUGCAACCAGUUAGGAUGCUCUCGAUGAUGCAGCUGUAGAACUUUUUGAGGAUCUGAGGUGGAAUAGGCUUUGUCGUGCCCUCUUCACGACUGUCUUGGUGUGUUUGGACAAUGAUAGUUUGCUGGUGGACACCAAGGAACUUGAAGCUCUCAACCUGUUCCACUACAACCCCGUCGAUGAGAAUGGGGGCGUGCUCAGUCCUAUUUUUUUCCCCUGUAGUCCACAAUCAUCUCCUUUGUCUUGAUCACGUUGAGGGAGAGGUUGUUAUCCUGGCACCACACGGCCAGGUCUCUGACCUCCUCCCUAUAGGCUGUCUCAUCGUUGUCGGUGAUCAGGCCUACCACUGUUGUGUCAUCAGCAAACUUAAUGAUGGUGUUGGAGUCGUGCCUGUCCAUGCAGUCAUGGGUGAACAGGGAGUACAGGAGGGGACUGAGCACGCACCCAUGAGGAGCCUCUGUGUUGAGAAUCAGCGUGGCAUAUGUGCUGUUACCUACCCUUACCACCUGGGGGCAGCCAGUCAGGAAGUCCAGGAUCCAGUUGCAGAGGGAGGUGGUCAGUCCCAGGGUCCUUACCUUAGUGAUGAGCUUUGAGGUCACUAUGGUGUUGAACACUGAGCUAUAGUCAAUGAAUAGCAUUCUCAUGUAGGUGUUCCUCUUGUCCAGGUGGGAAAGGGCAGUGUGGAGUGCAAUAGAGAUUGCAUAAUCUGUGGAUCUGUUGGGGCGGUAUGCAAAUUGGAGUGGGUCUAGGGUUUCUGGGAUAAUGGUGUUGAUGUGAGCCAUGACCAGCCUUUCAAAGCACUUCAUGGCUACAGACGUCAGUGCUACGGGUCGGUAGUCAUUUAGGCAGGUUAUCUUAGUGUUCUUGGGCACAGGGACUAUGGUGGUCUGCUUGAAACAUGUUGGUAUUACAGACUCAGUCAGGGAGAGGUUGAAAAUGUCAGUGAAGACGCUUGCCAGUUGGUCAGCGCAUGCUCGGAGUACACGUCCUUGUAAUCCGUCUGGCCCUGCGGCCUUGUGAAUGUUGACCUGCUUAAAAGUCUUACUCAUAUCGGCUACGGAGAGCGUGAUCACGUAGUCAUCCGGAACAGCUGAUGCUCUCAUGCAUGCUUCAGUGUUGCUUGCCUUAAAGCGAGCAUAUAAGUAAUUUAGCUAGUCUGGUAGGCUCGUGUCACUGGGCAGCUCGCGGCUGUGCUUCCCUUUGUAGUCUGUUAUCGUUUUCAAGCCCUGCCACAUCUGACGAGCGUCAGAGCCGGUGUAGUACGAUUCAAUCUUAGUCCUGUAUUGAUUCUUUGCAUGUUUUGAUGGUUCGUCGGAGGGCAUAGCGGGAUUUCUUAUAAGCAUCCAGGUUAGAGUCCCGCUCCUUGAAAGCGGCAGCUCAACCCUUUAGCUCAGUGCAGAUGUUGCUUGUAGUCCAUGGCUUCUGGUUGGGGUAUGUACGUACGGUCACUGUGGGGACGACGUCAUCGAUGCACUUAUUGAUGAAGCCAGUGACUGAUGUGGUGUACUCCUCAAUGCUAUCGGAAGAAUCCCGGAACAUAUUCCAGUCUGUGCUAGCAAAACAGUCCUGUAGCUUAGCAUCUGUUUCAUCUGACCACUUCCUUAUUAAACGAGUCACUGGUGCUUCCUGCUUUAGUUUUUGCUUAUAAGCAGGAAUCAGGAGGAUAGAGUUAUGGUCAGAUUUGCCAAAUGGAGGGCGAGGGAGAGCUUUGUACAUGUUGUUACUGUUCCUGCCCCUCGCACCUCACCAAGUGCGCAUGUAUAUGUCUGUAUGGAUUGAUGUGUGUUGUGAUUGGAUGGCGCUGCGUCUCUGUGUGUGGAGUAAAGGUGGUCUAGAGUUUUUUUUUCCUCUGGUUGUACAUUUAAUAUGCUGGUAGAAAUGAGGUAGAACAGAUUUAAGUUUCCCUGCAUUAAAGUCCCCGGCCACUAGGAGCGCUGCCUCUGGAUGAGCGUUUUCCUGUUUACUUAUGGCCUUAUACAGCUCAUUGAGUGCAAUCUUAGUGCCAGUAUCGGUUUGUGGUGGUAAAUAGACAGCUACGAAAAAUAUAGAUGAAAACUCUCUUGGUAAAUAGUGUGGUCUACAGUUUAUCAUGAGAUACUCUACCUCAGGCGAGCAAAAUCUCGAGACUUCCUUAGUAUUAGAUUUUAUGCACCAGCUGUUGUUUACAAAGAUACACAGACCGCCACCCCUUGUCUUACCGGAGUCAGCCGUUCUCUCCUGUCGAUGUAGCGUAUAUCCCGCCAGCUGUAUGUAAUCCAUGCCGUCGUUCAGCCACGACUCGGUGAAACAUAAGAUAUUACAGUUUUAAAUGUCCCAUAACUCCACAUUUUAUACACAGAGAAGAUUGAAAUACUGCAAAUUCUUCUGGAAAAUGUCACUUUUCGUCCUCAUGCUUUGUAGCAGUAGCCACAGCGACCAUUAUGGAAUGGCACGUUGUGCUGAACAACAAAGGAGCUGAUUGGCUGACACUGCCAUUCCAAAAUGGUGGCGGUGGCUACCGAUAGCAUGAGAACGAAAAGUGAUGUUUUCCGGAAAAACUAGCAGUAUUUCAAUCUUAACGUAUCAGCUUGGAUGUAGGUAAAGUACAGAGGCACAUCCCAUGCAUUGAGGUACGUUUCUGACCCAUGUCUCGCGCCGGCUCUGCGGUGUCUUAAUCUAACCAUGAUUGCGUUCCAACCCCAGUGCAGCUCAGUGUAAGCAAGCGUAAUGGUAGGGUCGCAAUCUGCUGGCGACUAUUGAGCUCAAUAUAAAGUGUUGAGAAAUACAAAUUAUACUCACAUAAAGAUGAAAACAUCCUCUUUUCAACAGUAUCAACAGUAGUUGCUUCCAAAGCUGUGUUUUCCCCGCAAUUGGAUUUUGAAAUGUUAUACAAUCAGAACCCUUUUUGUUGGGGGGAGCGCACAUCAGGGACAAGAGAUUGGCUCACUCAUCACAGCAUCAGGGUCCAGUGAAACAGUUACUACGAAACUUGCAUUACGGGAAUCAUGAGGAUAAUGCACUUUACUGUUUGACCAAAUUGUGGUUUUAGCCGCUGAAAAGAUAGGACGUUUUGAAACUUUUUAGUGAAGUAACCAUGUAAUGAAUGUUCAGCUCGCUCCGAUGCGACCAAUUAAAAAUGUAACUCGCCGAGUCAAAAGGUCGCAAAAUGCGACUAAAUGGUCGCAUUCUGGAGCCCUGGUGUGUGAGAGAGAGAUUAAACUCAGUUUUUCUUUCUCAGGUAAGCGUCCCGCAGAGGACACGGAUGAAGAGCAGUCCUUUAAGCGCUCCAGGAACACAGACGACAUGGUGGAGCUCCGCAUACUCCUGCAGAGCAAAGUCAGUCCGCUUUCUCUUCCUCAUUCACAAUCCCCUGCCUACCUUCAACACCUCCAUGACUUAUGCUGCUAUGUAGCCUAUCUUCUUUCCUCCCUAAUUGUUUAUUUAACCUUUAUUUGACCAGAUCUAUGGGGGUUAAGAACGUUUUCUUUUUCUGCCCCGUGGUUCCAUGUCUUAUUUAAUGCCGUCAAAAUCUGUUUCGAUGAUGUAGUAUGGAGAUGAUGUCUGAGGAUUUUUUACGUUGUUAUAUCACAGUAAGUUAGGUAUCAUCUGACUUGUCUUUUCUCGGUUCAGAAUGCAGGAGCAGUGAUUGGGAAGGGUGGUAAAAACAUCAAAUCCCUGCGCACAGACGUGAGUACAUUUACACCACUCUUUUUAUCUGGGAAUUUACAGUACCCGCCCCCCCUUACAUGGUUGUACUUUGGGAGUGUCUGAUUUGACUAGUUUAUAUGCAAAAGUUAAGGCAACCUAAAUUGGUUGGUUGGGCUUAAGAAAAUGGGUCUGUUAACUAUGGUUGGGGAAGUAAAGCUGUGAGGUUUUUGGGUAACUGUUAAUGCUGGGAUAUGAUGUGUAUUGAGACCUGCUUUACACCCCUGUUGUGGUAUCGUCAAGCCAAAGUGUAAUGUAAUUGUAAUCAAAAUGGCCGCCCGCUAAUCAAUAUGAAACACAUGGCCUUUUUAGCUAAAAUGUAUUUUUGUGAAUCCAUUUCCGUUUGCGUAAUGAAUAGUGCUAUUACUACCAGGCAUCAGCACCGCUAAGACAUUCAUUAAUACUUGAGUGGGACCAGUGAAUUUUAGGGUAGAGCUAACAUAGCACCCAACAUCAAUUAAUCCUAUAGGAAAUGUCUUGUGUAUAUAAACAGUCUGGCCAAUUCUCAACUCAUUUAAUGUCAUUACCUCUCUCUUUCUCUACCUUCCAUCACUCUCCACUCUUCUCCCUCUCUCCUCUACCGCUAUCCCUCUUUCUCAUCUCCCUCUCUACAUCUCCCCCUCAUUUUCUGACCCCAUUCUACCCCUGACUAUUUCUCUACCUGAAUACCUUUGUCUCCUUUACUAUCUCCACUUCUGCUCUCUUAAAAAAAAAAAAAAAAAAAAUCUGAGAGAAUAUCACAAUGAAGAAUAUUAGCCUGUAUUAAAAUGUAUUCCUCUUCCCCCUCCCUCUUCCCCCUCCUGUUUUUUAUUUUUGUUUAUUUUUGCCCACUUCCUCUGUUGCCCAUGUUCUGGAUCGCCCCUCCUGCGCCCGCCCACCUGACACCCUGGCUGGCCCUGCCCAUAAUCGUGCCCCUCCCUAAAUGGGCGCCUUACUUCAUUGACAUCUGUGUGCUCGAAUGGCCCCUGCCCAUGCCACGCCCACCGCCCUUGCAGUUCAAUGCCAGUGUGUCAGUCCCAGACAGCAGUGGGCCUGAGCGGUAUGUCCCUAAGCUCCUCCCUCUCACUGCCUGACUUCAGAAAAUAAACAAACAAACCUGCCUCUGUUCUAGUGACAAUAUCAAAAUCUGCCUCUGUUCCUGUGACAAACAUGUACACUUUUGUUCAGUGACAGCAUUAUAAGCCUCUGUUUUCAGUGAGGGUUUCAACAAAUACUUUAAACCUGCCUCUGUUCUAGUGACGGUAUUUCAACAUUCUAUAUUUUAUUUCAAUGACAGUAUCUCUCCCUUCAACGUUCCUCACCUCCCUCCUUCCCCUCUCAGAAUCGGUGUACUAGUCUGUUUUAGUUUCUCACAUUCCCCUCCUACCAUCUUCCUCUUCCUUGUUCCCAUAUAUAUAUUUUUUGGGGGGGUUGGACCACUGUAAUAACGUAAGACUGUUAUUCCAGGCAGAGCAGCUAGGGUUCAAGUGUUGUAUGUCUUUUUCUCUUCUUUACUCUCCAUAUUGCUUUUGCCGUUGUUGGAACUGUUGAAAGUUAACUUAUUUGUCACCUCAUCCCUGUAGUCCAUGUCGCUCCUCCUUGCCUUCCCUCAACAUCCUCCUGUCCAAUGGUGGGAGCAUAACUCACUGUGACCCUGCCAACUCUCACCCAUCUAUAAGUUUACUUUAAAAUGUUCCUUAUUUUGAUUAGCAUAGCGUACUACUCUGUCAUCUUGUUUUUAUUGACCUUUCAUUCUUUUUUUUGUUUCUUUUUUUGUUGUGCUACAGUACAAUUCCUUUAGUGCUCUGGCAGCAGGCCCCAUCGGUGCAAACCGCCACUGCCCACCAACCUUCCCUCCCCCCUCCUUCUUCCAGUGGUCACUAAAACACACCUGCUUUCUUUGGGUUCCUUUUACCUGUUUUUUUUUUUUUGGGUGGUUUUCUUUGUCAAACGCACUGAGGGGGUUAAUUUUCUUUAUUUGUGUAUUUAUUAUUUAUGGAUACCUGCUGAUAUGUUAUAGAUAGACAUUGUUUAUGGGGUAUUCUGUCCACUUUUAUUCCUCUAUUGUGAUUUGAAGGGGGUGUGCACGUAGAACCAGAAUUACUAGAUAUGGCCGCUGGUCCACUCAUCACAGAACAUUGACUUGAAUGGGAAUGUCCAUUCUAGUAAUUCUAUUUCUAUGGGAGUGUACCACAACAGCUACCCGGUUAAUCCCCACGGCUGGGAACGGAUGAAAGGGGGUCUUCAUUUAUUAUCAGAUGUUAUGGUUGAAGUUCUGCUGAGGGAGAGUUGACCUUGGUUUUGAAAUACAGUUUCUUUCCUCUCUAACCCCUGGUCACCAUUUGAUUGGUCCCCCUGGGAAUGUCCUGCGCUGUGAUUGUUGGGUCUAAAGCAUUCUGAGCAUCAGUGCGGAAAUCGAGACAGUGGGAGAGAUCCUGCUCAAGAUCAUCCCUACACUGGAAGAGGUGAGCCUGGGGUUGGAGAUGAAUGAGAUGAGCGUUAUGGCUGCCUAUAAUGUUCAAUUAUAGUCCUGUGUGGUACAGCCAGAUAUUGUUUGUGCAGAUAAAAAAAUAAUCCAAUGGGAUAUAGAUAUAAAAUGCACAGAUCUGUAUAUGGUGAUGCUAAAAUUUUACCCCCCCCCCCCAGUACCAACAGUACAAUGGGAUGGACUUUGACUGUGAGCUGAGGCUACUAAUCCACCAGAGCCUGGCAGGUAGCAUCAUUGGUGUAAAGGGAGCCAAGAUCAAAGAGCUGCGAGAGGUACAGUUAUGCUCUCUGAACUACUCGCACUCUUAUCUCCUCACCUGGGUCAUGUCCAGUACGUACAAAUAUGGGAUAACAUUUUAAAAUACUUGAGAGCUAAUUGAAGGUGACCCUGAUUCAAUCUUUUUCUGUGUGUUCUUCUCAGUCCUAUGGCCUUGCUUUGUCUAAUUUGACCUGUGUUGACUCUGAUCGUUGUAGAACACCCAGACCAGCAUCAAGCUGUUCCAGGAAUGCUGUCCCCAGUCCACGGACCGUGUGGUUCUGGUCGGCGGCAAGUCUGAGCGCGUCGUUGAGUGCAUCAAGAUCAUGCUGGAGCUCAUCGCUGAGGUUGGUGCUCUUAUUAAACUGUUGGUUCUCUUGUUGAACCAUUGACUGAGCUGGUUAAGUUGGACCACAUACCAGUGUAAAUACUACAGCCAGCCGUCUGUAGAAAUGAUGCGUGAUCCUGUCCCCCUCAGGCUCCCAUAAAAGGGCGCGCCCAGCCCUAUGACCCCAACUUCUACGACGAGACGUACGACUACGGCGGCUUCACCAUGAUGUUUGAGGAGCGUGGGGGUGGUGGCGGCCGGCGCCCAAUGGGGGGCUUCCACAUGCGAGGGGGACGAGGUGGCGGAGGUUAUGACCGAGGGCCCUCUGGACGAGGGGGUCGAGGGGGGCCCAUGCCCCCCGCCCGCAGGGACUACGAGGAGAUGAGCCCCCGCCGCGGACCCCCACCACCCCACCCAGUGAGAGGGGGGAGGGGAGUGAGCCGUGGCCGCAACCUGGCCCCACCACACAGAGGAGGAGGGUAAGAGAGCUUCACCAUCGCUCAUCUCCAUUUCUAAUUUCCCUACAUCUCUUGCUAUCCAUUUUGCUUUGUCUACAUCAGUUUGCGCUCAAAAGUACAGGAGAUAUAUAUGGUAUUUCAUUCAUAGUGUGUGUGGGCUCGUGUGUGUGUGUGUUCCAUUUCCACGUUUGCAGAGAUGACCAGUACUCCUAUGACUCCUAUCGGGGCAGUGCAGAUGCCAGACCCAAGUAAGUCCUUUUCCAGCCUUGUAGACCACUGGUCUGGAGUCUGUGAGUACGGUUACAAGCAAACAAUAAUGCCGUUAUUGUGGAUAGUCAGAUUCCUAUAAUAUUUCGAUUAAAACUUUUACAUACUUUGCAAGAAUAAUGAUUUCCCUAAUAACCCUGUUUACAUGGACACAUCUGAAAUCAGGCUACUUGAUGGCACUCUGAUAAAUGCAGAAAACCAGCAAACCAAAAUAAAUGUUCUACCAUGUUAUUUUUGUGACGCAUAUUUGAUUAAGAGUUCGGACAUAUAACGCUUGUAUGUGAACUACUUCUAAGACCCAUACAUUCAGUUGUUCCGAACUCACUUCACUCGCUCUAAAGAGGGAGGCUCACUCGGCUGGUGCUGGCACAUGUUCAGAUAAAAUACACAGCUGGAACGCCGAUUUAAAGGUCUUUACAUGUCCUAAUAAUUUUAAAGAUUGCUCAGAAAACCAGGUGUUUAAUCGCCGUAUGCUUACUUUGAUUUUGACUUUACGCCAAUUAAGAUAAGCAGAGUAAGGUGUUUACAUGAUUUUUGCAUAAUCUGCCUACUGCCAUAAUCAGUUUAAUAUCAAAUGAUUACUGUGCAUGUAAACGUACUCAGUCGGUGCUGUAGUCAGUCUGUCUAGCCUGAGACUGGUCCUCUGAUUACUGGCCUCAUCGGUGUUUCAGCUCUGUCAUUAGUCUGUCAUCACCGCUUACUUUUGUGUGAAUGCUGUGUUUUUCUCUGACUGUGUGUGUUCUGCCUGGGUCUGUGAAUGUGUGUGGUUUGACUUGGAUCAGAGAGCUGCUGAAAAGCCCUCUGCUAUGUCAAUAUUUUCCUCAAGUCAGACUUUCAUUUUCUCCGUCUUUCUUUUAGCAGUGACAGAAGAGGGAGACCAGGAGAUCGCUAUGGCGAUAACAUGGUUAGUGACCCUUAACUAAAUGCAUGCCACAGUCGUCUUGGCAUUUAUUGUCUGAAAGCAUCAUCAUGGUCUUUCCUAGACAAUGAUUGUAAUUGCCUGAUAAUAACCUAUUCACCAUGGCCACAGCUAAACCCACUAUAAAACCCCACAACACCUUUAACACUAACAUGAAACAUGUAAUAAAACAUGACUUUACCAUAGUAAACCAUAACCGUAAACACAGGAAAUGAGUAACUUCACAGUAAUAAUUACCCAUACCACCAUGACCACUACCAUCUAUGCAAUCAUGGGCUGGCUGUGGUUGAUGGGGCGGCGGGACUGUGCUGUGGUUGCUAGGCGUUAAUAAUAACGCUUUGUUGACAGACUGGUGGGUUCUCUUUGAGAGCUGGCAGGAUACUGCCUCCGGUUGCUCGGCAACUGAUUUUUGAAUCGCUUGUUGCCCUGGUGACUGAGCCGCUGAAUAGCAGGUGAAAGCUGUGGAAUGAGUGGCUGAUGGAUGCAAGCAGAGAAUGGGGCAGGGGUCUCAGCAUCAAAUAGGGGCUUUUGGACAAACUGGCCUCAUCCUGACUAUUGAUGGGGGGGAGAAUCCAUAGUUACAUAUCGCAAUAUUAUUUUGGACAAUAUUAUAUAUUGAUACUUUGACUCCAAGUAUCGUUAUUUUAUUUUACGCUACCUUGUUGCUAAACUCCACUAUUUUUUUAUUCUAUAACAUGUUCUCCAUCUUCUUUUUAAAUAGUGAGUCAAUAUGUUUUCAGCACUUAUUUCCAUGACUGAUCAAAACGUAUUUUCUAAUGCUCUGUGGUCUCUCUGCAGCAGACUUAUAGUGAGCAAUAAGUUUGGACAUCAAAUCGCAGUAUCGAAUCGCAAUACAUAUAGAAUUGUGAGAAUCAAUACAUAUUGUAUCGGCACCUAAGUAUCGAGAUAAUAUCGUAUCUUGAGGUCCCAACCCUAAUCCUGACCAUCCAUGACUGUAUACAACCGAUCACAAGGAAAUGUGUGUUUAAACCUGCUCCCCCUUCUCUUUUCUCUUUCUCCAGGGUGGGGGUGGAUAUGGUGAGUUGUUCCGUUCUUCCUAUGUGGUUCUGUCUAGAAGUUCAGUUUGUCAUGCUGUCUCAAGUGGCACAAUAUUUAAUUUGUCAAGCGCAUUUCCCAUGCUCAAUGCGCAUAAGGUAGAAAACAAAACACAAACAAAAUUCAGCAACAAAACAUGAAAAGGUAGGAUAACAAAUCUCAAUACAUUAAACCAUUACCUGCUAAUACAAAAUAUAGACUGUAAACAGAUUAAGAUAUCAAACAUUAAAAGCUAGCUUGAAAAUGUAGGUCUUUAGUUGUGUUUUAAACAAGGAAAUGGAAGCUGCCUCCUUGACGUGUAGGUAGAGCAUUCCAGAGCUGAGGGGCCACGUGAGAAGGCCCUAUCACCCAUGCUGCACAGGUUUGUGACUGGUGUGACCAAGCAGUUUGAGUCUGAUUAUCGGUGUGCUGGGGAAUAGUUCUCUAGAAGUUGGCAUAUGUAUUUAGAAGUUGGCAUAUGCAUCACCCUUGAGGGCUUUCAAGGUGAGCAGCAGAAUCUUAAAUUGUAUCCUGUAUCGAACAGGAAGCAAAUGGAAGUUGAGUAAAACAGGGGUGAUGUGAGUUUUUUUUUGUGUAGUUUGUGAGCGCAUCUUGGCAGCUGCGUUCUGGAUCAUCUGGAGUUGAGACAGGACCCUUACUGUGAUUCCUGUCAGCAGUGCCGAGAUGUCAAGCUGAGAAGUUACCAGGGCGUGCACAAGCUUCUUAGGAUCCACAGUGGACAAGAACGACCUGAUUCAAGCGAUGUUACGCAGGUGGAAAAAUGACACUUUCUUGAUGUUGCGGAUGUGUGCUUCAAAUGAGAGGUUGACAGCAAGGUUUCUAGCAGUCGGGGAAGCUGUGCUGGUGUCAUCAUCCAGAGAAAGCGAAAAUGUGCUCAUUUUGCUCUGUGUACUCUUAGAGCCAAUAAACACAAGCUCUGUUUUGCUGCAAUUAAGUUUUAGGAAGUUCAACUGCAUCUGUCUCUUGAUUUUAUCUAGACAGUCUGUUGGUUUCGUUGUUAGUCUGUCUUGUCCUCACAUAUGUGUCAUCAGCAUAAAAAUGCAAGUUUAGUCCAAAUCUUCGUAUUAGUAUAUCAAGUGGCAGCGUGUGUGUGUAUAUAGAGUGGCCCUAGAACAGAGCCCUGUGGGACCCCUUGAGUGACUGGCAGGGUUGGAUUUAUAAUUUCCAAGAGUCACAAAUUCUUGUCUGUAAGUCAGAUAGGAGCUAAACCACAGGAGUGCUGUGACAGAGAAUCCAAGCAAGUUCUUAAGUCUGCUGAUGAUGAUCUCAUGAUUCUCUGUGACAAAGGCUGCUGUGAUGUCCAAAAGUGAAAGGAUGCUAGUGUCUCCAUCAGCUGUCAUCAACAAGUAAUGUGUUACUUUUACCACGGCUGUCUCUGUACUGUGCUAUACACAGAAGCCGGACUGGAAGGGUUCAUUGAGAUUGUUGGUUGAAAGGUAGUUCUGUAGCUGUAUUGAGACCACACGUUCAAGGACCUUUGAUAGAAAAGGGUAGGUUGGAAAUUGGUCUGUAAUUGCUUAGGGUGUUGGGUCCAGUCCAGGUUUUUUCAAGGUUUGUAUAAUGGAGGAAGUUUUCAGGGAAUUAGGCACAGUGCCUGAAACAAGUAAUUUAUGAUUUUGGUUAUAGUUGGACUGAGAAGAGUGAGGCUGGAUUUUGCUGUGGGAAGAGGGUCCAAGGUAGUUGACCUCAUAUUUUGGACAAUUUCAGAGACAGAUUUUGGGGUUGUCCAUGAGAAUUUGUUGAAACUGCAACUAGGAGCCUCAGUAUGAAGCAGAGGGGCAUGUCCCAAGCAAGGGGUAGUUUGUACAGUGCAAUAAUUGAUUUUGGAUUGGGGAAGAAAUCAAGAAAACUGUUGCAUUGCUCAAUGGAGGGGGUAAAGGAGUUAUCUGGGGGUUUAACUUAUUUUGAUGACAGAAAAUAGCAUUCUGGGGUUUCCCCUCACAAUUUGCAAUGAGACUUGUAUAGUCCGACUUGCGUGCAAGUGUUCAGUGCCUCUUUGUAUGCAGUCUGAUGAUAUGCCUGGGCAUGCACAGUUAGGUUUGUUUUCUUCCAACUUCUUUACAGUUUUACGCCCAGCAGCUUUUAUAGAACGUAGAGGGCUAGUGGUUCUCCAGUGUAUGUUAUAGAACAGGAUUUCAGCUGGUCUGCUGUAUAAGGCUACACAUUUUUGUUAUUCUUUUUAUUUAGGCAGGAUGGAGUCUCUUUUACAAGGGAGCCCUGCAUGACCGACAAUUGCACAAUCAAGGGAGCAUAGGAAAUAAUACACUCAACAGCCUUGAGUGUAUUGUUUUACACCAGGGUUCUUGUCGACUAUCUUUGUUUUGUCAUUUCAAAGGUGUUGGCCUGCUCUGUAUCAGGUUGGUAAAUACUUGUUUGUUUAUGGUACCAGUCUGCUGUGGAUGUGUACAUUUGAGCAUAUUUUCUAAUAAGGCCAAUUUCCCUAACUGUAGAUCUAUUUUCUCUCUCGCCUUUCAAACAGAUAACAACUCAUCCUGGGACUCCUAUCAGUCUGGUGAGUCUAUAGAAGCACGUCCCAGCAGCUUGGUAUUCAAUAUGUUGUUAGAUUAUGGUUUUGUUAAUAGAGCCUCCAUACUUCCUGAAGCUGUUUCUAUGAUCUCUCCUUGUGUGUAUGUUACUUUAUGCUCCAUGUGUAUGUGUGUGUUAGGUGGACGCAGUUCCUAUAACGAUAUGGGAGGGCCAGUCAUCACCACACAAGUGACGAUCCCCAAAGAUGUGUGUAUAACCAGAAGAGGGGGAACUCCCAAUUAACGCUCUCACACACACACACACUAUGUUCACAUACAGAGCAAUGGCUCGGCCUGUCUCGCCCACCAUGGCCUGUGAAACCCUUAUGCAACAUUCACACGCACACACAGAACACACUUAUCCUGUAUUUUCACACUAUUGUGCAUGACAUUCAGUUGACCCUGGUGUUUUCUACAGCUGGCCGGCUCCAUCAUCGGUAAGGGAGGCCAGAGGAUCAAGCAGAUCCGGCAUGAGUCUGGUGCCUCCAUUAAGAUCGAUGAGCCACUGGAGGGUUCCGAGGACCGCAUCAUCACCAUUAGCGGCACCCAGGACCAGAUCCAAAACGCUCAGUACCUAUUGCAGAAUAGGCAAGUUCUGGAUGCCCUCUGA